AGAGCAAGGAAUUCAAUAUCAGACUGUACGAGUUGAUGCUAUUUGACGAAACAGAUCUAUUAUUGAAUGAUAAAACUCUACAACUGCAAAUAGCUUCAAAAAGAGAGGUAACACUCACGGCCGCAGGUUUCUUUAAACUAGACUUAAAAUUACUUGUUGGGAUGGCGGGGGCGGUGACUACUUACUGUGUGAUUCUCAUCCAGAUAUCUCAAGAAAAAUAA